CCUCUUUCGGCGGAUUCCACUAAAAUGGCGCCCUAAGUGAGGGGCUGAGCGUGGCGGGGAGAGGGCCUCGGGAGCGGGGAGGGCCCGUGAGCGGGGGCGCCGAGGCCGGGAUGGCCAGCCCCGACCAGAAGUCGCCCAACGUCCUCCUCCAGAACCUCUGCUGCCGCAUCCUGGGCAAAGGCGAAGCUGAUGUUGCUCAGCAGUUUCAGUAUGCAGUGCGAGUCAUUGGAAGCAAUUUUGCUCCUACUGUGGAAAGAGAUGAAUUUCUUGUAGCUGAAAAAAUAAAAAAAGAACUUGUGCGGCAAGGAAGGGAAGAAAGUGCUGCUGUAUUUUCAGAACUCUACAGAAAACUGCAUCCACAGGGUGUUUUGAAAAACAGAUGGUCAAUCCUCUACCUCCUGCUCAGCCUCAGUGAAGAUCCACGUAAGCAGUCAAACAAGGUAUCUAAUUUUGCUACCCUGUUUGCUCAAGCACUGCCUCGGGAUGCUCACUCAACUCCUUAUUACUAUGCCAGGCCUCAGAGCCUUCCUUUGAAUUACCAGGACCGGAAUGCCCAGCCAGGCCCGAAUUGCGGCAGUAUGGGCAGCAGUGGGAUCAGCAGCCUAGGCAUGUAUGUCCCAAAUGGGCCAACACCAACGCCACAGUCAUUUCUUCCAGGACAAUCCUAUCAGCGUCCAGGAGUGGGAGAUUGUCUUCGACAACAGUUGGGGGCACGGCUUGCUUGGACUUUAACAGCAGGCCAGCCCACGCUACAGAAUGCUACCUCAAAAGGCCUUUCAACCACUGUUUCACGUAAUCUGCCAAGGUCAAGGCGAGAAGGGGAUAUAAGUGGCUCUGUUGAAGUAACUGAAGCAUACCUUGUGAGGGACAUUUUAUACGUCUUCCAGGGAAUAGAUGGAAAAACCAUUAAAAUGUCCAAUUCAGAAAAUUGUUACAAAGUGGAUGGGAAGGUGAGCCCAUCCAAGUCUCUGAGAGAUACUACAAGCCGACUUGCCGAAUUAGGAUGGCUGCAUAAUAAAAUAAGAAAGUACACAGACCAGAGGAGCAUGGAUCGCGCAUUUGGGCUGGUGGGUCAGAGUUUUUGUGCUGCCUUAAAUCAGGAACUCAAAGAAUACUACAGGUUAUUAUCUGUUUUACAUUCACAGUUGCAAGUAGAAGAUGAUCAAGGUGUAAAUUUGGGGAUUGAGAGCAGUUUAACACUUCGCCGGCUCUUAGUUUGGACGUAUGACCCUAAGAUAAGAUUGAAGAUGCUUGCAGCACUUGUUGAUCAUUGUCAAGGAAGAAAAGGUGGUGAACUCGCAUCCGCUGUUCAUGCCUACAGUAAAGCAGGUGACCCCUAUGGGCGAUCCCUGGUGCAGCAUAUUCUUGGUCUAGUAUCACAUCCGAUCUUGAAUUUUCUUUAUCGUUGGAUUUAUGAUGGUGAACUGGAGGACACAUACCAUGAAUUUUUUGUAGCUUCUGACCCCACAGUGAAAACAGAUCGGUUAUGGCAUGACAAAUACACAUUGCGAAAAUCAAUGAUCCCUUCUUUUAUUACAAUGGAUCACUCAAGAAAGGUUCUGCUAAUAGGGAAAUCCAUAAACUUCUUGCAUCAGGUUUGUCAUGACCAAAGUCCAUCAUCAAAGAUGAUAGCUGUGGCCAAAUCAACAGACUCUCCAAAGGAUGCUGUUGAAAUGUUCACAGAUUUGGAAAAUGCAUUUCAGGAAAAAAUAGAUGCGGCAUAUUUUGAGACCAGCAAAUACUUGCUUGAUGUUCUCAAUAAAAAAUACAAUUUACUAGAGCACAUGCAAGCCAUGAGGCGCUACUUACUUCUCGGUCAAGGAGAUUUUAUUAGGCAUUUAAUGGACUUGCUUAAGCCAGAGCUUGCGAAGCCAGCAACCACUUUAUAUCAACAUAAUUUGACAGGAAUCCUUGAACUAGCUGUCAGGGCAACAAAUGCACAGUUUGAUAAUCCUGAGAUCCUCAAACGCUUGGACGUCAGACUUUUGGAGGUGUCUCCUGGUGAUACGGGUUGGGACGUUUUCAGCUUAGACUAUCAUGUUGACGGGCCAAUUGCAACGGUUUUUACAAGAGAAUGCAUGAGCCAUUACCUGAGAGUGUUCAACUUUCUGUGGAGGGCAAAACGAAUGGAAUAUAUACUGACAGAUAUUUGGAAAGGACAUAUGUGCAAUGCAAAGCUUCUCAAAAAUAUGCCAGAGCUUUCUGGGGUACUGCAUCAGUGUCACGUUCUGGCAUCAGAAAUGGUCCAUUUCAUUCAUCAAAUGCAGUAUUACAUUACAUUUGAGGUGCUUGAAUGUUCGUGGGAUGAACUGUGGAAUAAAGUUCAGCAAGCUCAGGACUUGGAUCACAUCAUUGCUGCUCAUGAAGUUUUCUUAGACACAAUUAUAUCCCGCUGUUUGCUAGACACUGACUCAAGGACACUUCUCAACCAGCUUCGAGCUGUCUUUGAUCAGAUUCUUGAGUUUCAGAAUACCCAAGAUUCAAUGUACCGAGCUGCCUUGGAGGAAUUACAGUUACGACUGCAGUUUGAAGAAAGGAAAAAAGAACGAGAACAUGAGGGUGAAUGGGGAGUGACAGCCUUAGAACAGGAGGAAGAGAUGAAAAGGAUUAAAGAAUUUCAAGACUCAAUACCAAAAAUGUGUUCGCAGCUGCGGCUACUUACUCAUUUCUACCAGGGCAUCGUUCAGCAGUUCUUAGUGUUACUGACCACCAGUUCUGAUGAAAGCCUCCGAUUUCUUAGCUUUAGAUUGGAUUUCAAUGAACACUAUAAAGCUCGGGAACCCAGGCUCCGGAUGUCUUUGGGCACUAGAGGGCGACAUAAUUCACGUAUAUAAACCUGUCUGCAAAGAAUGUAAUCAGGAUCACUGAAGUUAACCAUUGUUGGAUGUGGCCGUCAAGGUUGGCAUACUAAAACCAAAUGGCAUGCAAUGGAUGUUUGUCAUUAUUGCAAGCGACCUGUUUCCAGUCAUGUGUUUGUGCAACACUAGUGCAGAAAGCAACAAGACUUAGUUUCUAUAUUUAACUAUCGGUAUUGCUAAAUGGUUUUGUUUCCAGUUUGUUUGGUUAAUUCAUUAGCGAAUCACAGUAUUUUAUUUGAGGCCCCUAAAGCACAUUGCACAGUAAUUUUAUAUUUGUCCUAAGACAUUUCAUCCACUUCCAGACUGUAACCUUUUCUUUAAUACUAAGCAGGGCUGUAAUUUUUUUUUUCAACUUGGAAACCACUUUUGUUUAACGUUUGGCCUGAAAAAUGAGUUUUUUCUUUCCAGUGUUGUGAUGUAUCUGACUGUGCCGGGGAGAAAAAUCACUUAAGAGUAUACACACAUAAGUGUUUUCAGCAUUUUCAAAACAAUGAUUUAUUUUUUCAGAAAUUUUUUAAUUACUAUACAGAAACACAUAUUAAAACAUAGCAGAAGUAACAUACAACAGAUUCUAAAAAUAAAAUUAAAACCUCAGUGCUAUCAAGUAAAGAAACGUGUAAAUACUGAAUAGAUGUGAAUGAAGUAUUUUGUGUUCAAAUCUUAUGUAUUAGAAAUUAAUUUGGAUAAUGAAAACUACUUAUUUCUCUUUCCUUGCCUAUUUUUUCAUUGUAAAUAUUUAUAUAUUGCUGUCCAGAUGUUAGGGGAAAACAUUUUUGUAAAGAAGUCACUAUAUAUCAAGUCAUUCAAUUAUUCAUUUGUUAUAUUCACAGGUAAAGGCUUAGAAAAUAAACACAACUAUCUUUCAAAAA